GGCGGCUGGCACGAACCGCGCCACCUGGACUCGGCGUGGGUGCUCGUCCGCCUCAGGGACAUCAACGACAACGCCCCGCACUUCACACGCCAGCACGCCCACGUCACCGUUAGGGAAGACGCCUCGCCAGGCACCCUGCUGGCCACGCUCGCCGCCCUACGACCCAGAUAUGGAUGGCCGUCAGCAGGUGGACUACCGAGUGCUGGGCGGCUGGGGCGCCCUCAGCGUGGACUCGGGAGGAGACGUGAGUCUCUGGCGCGCCCUGGACCGCGAGGCUCCCGACGGGGCCGUGGGCGUCGCAAACCUCAUCGCCGUGGACCGCGGGCGGCCGCCCCUCACGUCCACCGCCACCAUCACCAUCACGGUGGCCGACAUCAACGACUGCCCUCCCCGCCUCCUGCCGCCCACCACCUUCCACGUGCCCGAAAACGCCCCGCCCACGGUGCUGGGCGUCCUCACGGCCACCGAUGACGACGUGUGGGCGAUGGGCCACGGGCCGCCCUUCGUGCUGAGCCUCGCGCCCUCGAACCCGUCCUUCGUCUUCGCGCAGGUCGCCCUCAAGUUCCUUCCGACCCAAGACAGUGGGCGUGGUGGGGCGGAACUCAGGACCUUGGGCGGCCUCGACAGGGAGGAACGCCGUCAGCUGCAGGUGGCCGUGAAGGUGGCUGACGCGGGCGGUCUGUCAGCUGUAGAGACAAUCACUGUUGUAAUUGAUGACGUCAAUGAUAAUCCUAUGCUUCCUGCUGCCAAGACGGUCUACUUGUGGAAGACACAGAGCGGCGGUUCGGACAUUCCUCUAGGACGGGUGUACGUCGAGGACCCGGAUGACUGGGACGUGGGAGACAAGUCCUUCGCCUGGCUGACCGCCCCGCAGCCUCCUUUCAUCCUCAAUUCCAACACCGGCAACAUCUUCGUCUCCAGCCAAGUCAGAGAGGGCAGGUACGAGCUUCACUUCGCCGUGAGUGACAAGGUGUGGCGCCAGGAGCGAGUGGAAGCCAACGUGACUGUGGAGGUUCGCGUCCUCACGCCCGACGCCCUCGCCCACGCUGCGCCCCUCACUCUCUCCCCAACCACGCCCGCACAGUUCACUCGAGGCUGGACGCCGAAGACCGGCGGAGGAGGCCUGGGCCGGCUGGUGCAGGCGGUCCGGAGGGCGCUGGGUGACCCCGCUCUCGACGUCGAGGUGGUCAGCGUCUACGGAGACGAUGGAGCUCCAUCUGCCGCCUUUAGCGCCCUGCACCCCCCCUCUCCCAGCUCUCUCGUAGCAGGUCCUGGUGGUCAGAUGGCCUCUCCUGUAACGGUCGCCGCCCCUGCGUGGACGUGCGUGUGGGUCGGCGUGAGGAAGGGGCCGCUAGACUACAUGGAUCCCGUGAAGCUGCACGGACUGCUCGAUCUACACACUCCGCAGCUAGCGGAGGCAACCAACCUGACGGUGACAGUGGGAAUGCCGGAGCCGAGUCCUGGCCAUCGGGAGGGCGUGGGCGUGCUUCCAGCCCCGCCCUCGCCCACCCCUGACCGCCCCCCUGCGCAGGGCCCCUCCCCCUCCUACCUGGACGGCGGCCGCGACCCGUCCUCGGCUGCCUCUCGACCCUCCAAGACCCUCGCUCUCCAGGUUGUAGACACCAACGCAACCUCGCUGGUGACGCCACGAUUGGCAUUCACCAGCGAGUGUCUUGCUCCGGAGUCCGAGGACUGCACAGCCUCCCCCUGCCUCAACGGCGGCCGCUGCGUCAAGCUUUCCACGGGACAGAGGUGCGUGUGCCCGGGCGGGUCGUGGGGUCCUCGCUGCAAAGUCCUCGCCCGCACCUUCACGGCCUCCGGCUGGGCGUGGGUGCGCCACCUUCCGUCGUGCCUUCCUACCACGAUCUCCUUCCGGAUUCUCACACGCUGCCCAGACGCCUUGGUCUUAUACUCGGGUCCCCUCACGCCUGUGCCCAGACGGCCCGGCUCCCUUCCCUCGCCCAUGAUUGCCGUUCAGGUCGUGGGCGGGCGGCCGCAGGUGCUGCUCGAGGGCGUGGGCGAGAGUGUGAAGGUAGAGGUGAAAGCAGUCGUCAACGACGGAUAUUGGCAUACCGUCCACGUCCUUGUUGACACGCAGGGCGUGGCGCUCAUGGUCGAUCUGUGCGGCCGAGGCUUCGAGGAGUCCCCGAAGGACGACAGUCACUGUGUGGUGCGGGCGUCCUGGGCCAACAAAAGGAGUUCGGAGGCGUGGGCGUGGGCUGGUCCCCUGCAGGUUGCUGGUCUGGCGCAGGAAGUGAUGCGUCCUGAAGACUUCGGCUGGUCAGAGACGCCCACGACGAAGCCGCUGGAGGGCUGCAUCUCCCACUUGACGCUCAACGGUCAGUUGGUGGACCUUGGAGAGCCGCCCUACAGCCAGGGCAGUACAGCCGGAUGUCAGCCCCAGGAGACGGCGUGCGGAGGCAAGCGCGGCAGUUGUGGGCUGCGAGGCGAGUGCGUGGGAGGGUUGGAGCGCCCCGAGUGCGAGUGUGAGCCCAGCUGGGCGGGGCCCGAGUGCAGCGCGCCCACGGUCCCGGCCUCGCUGGGCUCUUCGUCGUGCAUGAAGGUGGCGCUUUCGUUCACGCCGGGGCCGCGUGUGGUCAAGAUGCAGCUUCGUGUGAGGUCGCGAGGCGCCCGGGAUGGCCUCCUGCUUCACCUGGCCGCGCAGCAGAGGAAUACCGGCCUUACCCUUCGACUAAGAGCAGGGGUCGCCUGUGCCUCCAUGUCGGGAGCUGGGUGGGCCAUGCGGACAGUGUGCGUAGACGGCCGCUCUCUGGGAGACGGUGCAUGGCAUACCUUAAGGGUAGAGCGCCAUGCCCACAACCUGCUGGUCAGCGUCGACGACGGCGACGGAUGGCGGAGGAACGAAUCCCUGCCGAGCCUUACCACGCCCAUGGUGGGGGGAGGGGCGGCAGGGGUAUCGUCGCAGGCGGUUGAGAUCCUCGACGGGGUAACAUUGGGCUGCUUACCUGACGACGUGAGCGGCGAUGUUAACAGCGAUCUGAGUGACACCUGCGUCGACGAUAUACGUGUGUCUGGCAGGUUAUUGCCGCUCGCUCCAGCUGUCAAUGCCACCAGCUGGGGUCAAGUUGACUCGUGGGACCAGCUGGAGAGUGGUUGCCCUUCUCCCGCCUCUUGCGUCAACACCACCUGUGUCCCGCCACUCACCUGCCACACCACCUGGGAUCAUGCCAGUUGCAGCUGUGGCCCAGGGAGUCAGCUCGUUGGGCGUUCUUGCGAGGACGUCAACGAAUGCCUGUGGGAGCCCUGUCUGCACGGAGGCACCUGCACCAACCUCCGGCCCGGCUACCUGUGUGCGUGUGGCCCCGGCCACGCUGGGGACAACUGCCAGUGGUCCCGGGCGGUGGCGGUGGCCCAUCCGCUGACGGCCCCGGCGGCCAUUCUGGCUGUGACGGUCUCCCUCUUUGUUCUGGUCGUGCUUGGCGUCGUGUUCUCCUUAAGACGUCGCAGGCUGAGGGGGAGGAGGAACACAGGUGACAGUGACUGCAAGAAGAGCUGCCAGAGGGGGACGAUGGUGGCACUGAAGGGCAAGGCAGGGGACGGAGGGAAGGGGGUGGUGGCUGACGUCAUCUACGAAACCUCAGUUGAGUGCGUUAGGUUCAGGCCGCCGGACGCAGAGGAGAAACAGGCAGAAGAGAUGGGCGGUCAAGUGGGCGCUGCCGCUGCUUGCGAGGCGGGGGCGGCCGAGCACCUUCGAGGGCCAGCUCGAGCCCCCGCCCACAAUCACGACCCCCUGUUGUGUCGGGAUGACUUGCGGGCGUACGCGUACGAGGGCGACGGCUCGUCCUCGGGCUCCUCCUUCACCUCCACCCUGUCAACGCUGCGCACGGAGGCGGAGCAGGACGCCGGAGCGGGGAGCCUCGCGCCAGAGUUCCUGGAGGUGAUUGACCUGCUCAGGAACCUCCCCGAUGUGUCCAGCGCCGCGGCACCUUCGUCCAGGUCCCGGAGCCUCCGCCUGGUCCGGAGAGAAGCCGCUUUGCCGCACAGCGCGGACAGCAGUAGAACCAUGAACAGCCGAACCAUGGUGCACGUGGGGGGUGACCUUUCUCUUACACACAUAGUCGCACGCUCACUCCCUCACUCACACUCUACCUCCCCUUCUUCGCCCAUAUCACAGCACCGCCAGGAGUCUCACGCCCCCGCCUCCGCGCUGAAAAAGAGCGAGGUUUUCACGCUCCCUUGACCCCUGAAGUCUCCCCACAGCGCCGCCAUCAUCUGAGACGCGAAAAUCCCAAAUGCCAAGGUCUGAAAGGUGAAAAUCCACGAAGCAGAAAUCCAAGGCGCGAAAAUCCGAGAUGCAGAAACGCGAAAAUUCCAGAAAUUACAGAAAUCUGAGAGGCGAAAAUCCGAGAUGCCGAAACGCGAAAAAAAUUCCACAAAUUACGGAAAUCUGAGACGCGAAAAUCCAAGAUACUGAAAUCCGGAGCGCGAAAAUUCCAAUAUGCGUAAAUCUUAAAUGUUAAAAACCCAAAUGCAAAAAUCUGAAACAUGCAAAAUCCAAGCAGUCGUAAAUCCGAGGGGAAAGCAGAACCACACUUUGUCUCAGAGGACGGGCAGCGACGCGGGCGGUGCCGAACGUCUUAGACAGCUGGGACUUGUGGGACUCCGAGGCUGAAAAGAAGAAAGAACAGCGCCGUUUCCUAGGAGGGAAAUGCGCAUUUUGUCCUUCUCUGUCAACAGAUAUUUUGUACCUUUAUAAGAUGUAUGAAAUAAAUGUGAUUACAUGGCA